AGGUUUGGCAGCGAUUCAACAAGAACAGAAACUGUAUCUGUAGCAGGACACUCCUCUUUUUAUUACACUCCUUCCUCACUUCUUCUCUUUCACCAUCAUGGCUUUCACGGGGAAAUAUGAACUGGAGAGUCAAGAGAACUAUGAAGAGUUUCUGGAAGCAAUUGGACUUCUCAAGGCCAAGACAGACCACAAAGUGGUGACAGAGGUGGUUCAGGAUGGGAACAACUUCACCUGGACGCAAACUAUCCCCAACUGGACCUGGUCCAAUAGCUUCACUGUUGGCCAGGAAUGUGAGCUGGCGACAAUGACGGGCGCCAAAUUUACGGCUCCCGUCACUAUGGAAGGCGACAAGAUUUCAAUACAGUUUCCCCAAUAUCACUUCACAGCAGAGAUCCUUGAGGAUAAGCUAGUAAUGAACUGCAUAACUCCAGGUGAGAAGGGUGUGACUCUCAAAAGAGUUAGCAAGAGGAUCUAAAUCUGCGAGACUCAACACGCUUUCAUGGAAAAGAGGCUGCCGGAGCCAGCACUCCUGCCUGUGUUCAUACUGAAGCCGGCUGCCAUUCAAAGACCAAAUGCUGCAGUGAAGGAUGGGAGCCAGAAUGUCACAGCUCCAUAAUGAAACUCAACAGCGCUGAGAGACACACCAGAUGAUCGGUGGCUGACACUCGCUUAGAUUUGUGCUAACAAGCAAGAGGGUGUUGGUGGCAGAAACAUGCAGAAACACAACUCGGGCAUCACAGGCCUCUUGCACUGUGUGGAUACAGGGAGAGACCAGAUGUGUCUCUACAAUGUUCAAGCAUCACAAGCCUUUAGUGAAAGAGAAGGCGGAAUUGAGAGUGACACUGCAUAAAAUCACACACCACAGCAAAUGUAUUAGCGAGAUCCAAAAGUUACAUAAUGCUGGACAUUCAUAUCACACUUCUUCUUAUUGCGGCUUUGUCUUGUUCUUUAAAAUGCAAAUAAAUUAAAUGAAACCAAA